AUGCAUGAACAUGUACGUGCUGAUAAACCCAAUGUAUUCAGUAACAACAGCUCAUCUGUUCUCUCUUGUAUACAAACAGCAGUUGAUAUUCCUUCUCAAAGUAGAAAAAUUGAUGCUCCUCCUAAUAUGUUUUUGGGAUAUCCCUCUAACAUGGGGUUGAGACAAAUAAUAGAAGGGAGGAUUAUUAAGAAAGAACCUGUCUAUGGUGGGAAUUCUCCGUUUGCCUUUGGUCCUCACGGCAGUUACUUGGAGUCACGUUCGGCAAUGGGUGAUGCAUUUGUUUCGUCAUUUAGUAGUGUGAAGUCUAACACACAACCUCUUAAUGAACCUCUUCUGGAUGCUGACACUACUUCAUUUGGAUUUCUUGGGGAGAUGCCUCAAAAUUUUGGUUUCUCAGACUUGACUGCUGAUUUCACUAAUAGUUCUG